AUGACUAUUAUCUUAAACUCAACAAGAAUUGUCUUACUUGUGAGUGGAAAUAUGUUGCUUUCUAAUGGAGAAGACCAGACUCAGCUGCUGCCUUCAGAAACUGAAACUCAGGUUUCAAACUCUGAUUUAGUUGAAGGGUUAUUACCGGUUUCAAAAGUUUACACUGAUGUGGCUGUUGUUCCUGAGAAACAAAACAACGAGAUUCAACACUUGAUAUCCAAUUUACAAAGAGAGGUUGAGGAACUGAGGCUGAAGCAGAGAGUAGUGGAUGGAAAGAGGAGACAAGCAUUGAGUAAGAUAUUGGAUAUCAAAGGGAGCAUUAAGUGUUUUGUAGGAUUCGACCGAAUCUUUCGAAAGAGAAGAGAAGAAAUUAUGAACCUGUAUCAGCUGAAUCAGAGAGAGUUCGAGUUAAGUUUGGUGGGACAAGGAAAGAGUAUGCGUUUGAUAAGGUUUUUCAUCAAGAUACAACUCAAGAAAGUGUUUUUGUUGAAGUGGAGCCAAUUCUAAGAUCUGCAAUGGACGGGCACAAUGUGUGCAUUUUCGCUUAUGGUCAAACCGGCACAGG